CACGACAGCGCGCAAACUCCGAGCCUGGCCCUCACGGAACCAUGGAGGCUGUCGCAGUUACCAAGUCCCAAGUGCCCUAGGAGACACGCUAUGAACCGCGGACCGAAUGCCUCGCUCAAGCCCGUCUGAACCGAGAUGUCGUCAAGGCCAAGUUGAAGCUGGUUAUACAUCCGAACGAACCAACAGAGCAAAUGGUCACGAAGCUGACAGCCGAGGUGAACAACUGGAGGGCCUCCCGGCAGAAAGAAGCCAACGAGGCGAAGGAGGACGAGAAGAGAAGACGAAACGAAACGAGGAGGCUGUCGGAGAUCAGAGGUCGAUUGACACCGGAGCAGAAGGCGAUGAAUGAUGACUGGCAAUCUCUCGUUGAUCUGUACACGGACCUCUCUCAGGAAUCUACGAAGGCCACUAGACGGUGCGAAGAGGCUGCUAGCGAGCUCGAGGAAUUCAGUGAUGUCGAAGUUCCCGAAUCGCCACUACCGAGCGUCCACUCGACCGACCGACUCAUCGGCUCAAGCGUCGACCUGGUGGAGGAAACUUUUGGCCCGAGCAAAAAGUGGACAGGUGCAAUUGUCGGCUCGAGCGCUAUUCCGAUGGGCAUGUACCGACCCGGAAAACAUCCUAUGACGGGCCUUCAUAACCCCGAGCAUUCUGAGGACCGCCAGGGCGAUGACCAGGAUUCGUGUUGGGGUUGGGGAUUCUGGUGCUGGAACUGGGGGCUCUGGGGAUAUCUCGGCUGUGAACCGAGAGACGACACAAGUCAUGGGCAAAUUGAGUCAUCAGAAUCGUAAACAAGGAGCGUCGUAGUUGAACUUUCAGAAAGUUAUCAAACGCCAAUGCGAUUGUUCCGUUGCGCAAAUGUCUAUAU